CUAGUGCUCCUAAGCCUAGUGAGGAGUGCAAUCAUUGCACGACUUUCCAAAUUCAGCUGCUUUCAGUGGAAUCUCGUUUUUAAUCAACCCUUUGCCCUUCUUCCGGUCUACGAACCCUGCAGAAAACGUUCGAGAUUAUUUUCGAAAAUUUCGGCAAAUCUUUGACAUUUCUCAUUUGCAGAAAUACACACACACACUCAUGACGUCACAAACGCCGUACUGGUUGAACGGUGCUGGCUCAUCACCAUCAGCACGUCCAAGGAUCGUCACAUUCAGAACGAUGCGCAAACGGCAGAUCGAUACGCUGAAGAUAUUCAACCACAACGUACAGGAGGUGAAGGAGAACGAAGAAUAUCUGGUCAACUUUGACUGUGGCGGAAGGGAAAUUGCCAUCAACAUGCUGGGCAGUGGAUUCCCGAACGAAAAGCCAAAGCUCAUCGUGAGCCCGAUUCUUCGCCAUCCAUGGGUUAAUGGCACUACUGGAGAGAUUGAAAAUGCUCCCGGGAUACUGAACUACACCAUACAUUCCGAUCUCGGGCGGAUAGUGCAGGCAGUGGGGCGGGAAUUUGAAAAACACCCUCCCCAGUUUGUGAACGAAUCCACUCCCCAACAUCACGCACCACCACCACCAGCAUCAGCUGCAGCAAACCAACACCACCAACAGUGUCGAAAUGGCAACGUACCGGACUACGGUGUCGAUAACCGGAAUGCCCUGCUCUCGCCCUCGCACGAACCGGACCCGUUCGGACUGCGUAAUCUCACCACCGAUGAGCUGAGCCGGUUAAACGCGGACGAAGACUACCUGGAAGAGUUCAUCGCCAAGCUACCCUUCCUGCAGCACCAGAACGACGAGAUGGAUCAACUGCUGGCGGGCAUAGAGUCGCUGGCCGUCGACAAUCUCGCCCGCAAGCAGACGGUCGAGGAGCGGAAAGCGAAGCUCGAAUCGUUGGCGCUCGAGUUCAAGGAGCUGGGCCAGCAGUGGGAAUCGAUGAACCAACGGUACCAACGAAAGGCGGAAGACUUUUCGCCCCAGCACAUCAAGGAACUGCUGCAGAUUGCCGUCUCGACCGCGGACAACAAGAGCGACGACGAGGCACAGCGCUUUCUGGCCGGCCAAAGUGACGUUGGCACCUUCCUGCAGAACUUUAUCGAGUCCCGCAAGCUGUACACGAUGCGGAAAGCCAAAGAGGAGCGGCUGGUGCAGCAGCUGACUGCACUGGAGCGUGCCGCAUUUUGAGGUGCUCGGAAGAGAGCGAGAUCUUGUGCGCUUUCUUGUGAUAUUUUCCCCAUCCGCGGUGUGAGCAGAUGGUACUGUUGCAAUAAACAUGCUCUGGUGCCGAAUGCAAGCUUUCGGUGCAAAUGAAACGUCUUCGGUGUUUUGCUUGUGUCGCUGAUAAAGCAUUGCGCAGACGCAGCAAAGCGUGGAGAGCUCUCGCGCACACGACUCUCUUGCGUGAGGAGGACGCGGCACUUUAUCGCGAAGGGCUCUCUUUCCCACCGACGAGGGCAACCGUGCUGGUCGUGUACUCGACACAUAUCCAACCGACUACCACCCACUGGGCGCGCACGCAACAGUGUUGUUUAACAUGGUCGUCCUUAAAGGAUUACGGUAUGAGGAUACACAAAACAAUGCGUUAGGCAUGUUUGAGCAUUGUUAACAAUGUUGCUCGUAAGGAAAGAAAAAAAAAUAAAACAAGAAACUCUUUGUCCCGAGCGUAGAAGCAACGUAACGUAAUCAA